CUCUCAGUUAUCAGGAAAUGAAACUGAGACAGAAGAUUUCUCUGCAGCUGAUUUCUCUGCUUUUUCUCCGUGACUUCUGAACAGACAUGGCCUCAGCAAACAUUUCCCAGUCUGAAGACCAGUUUUUGUGCUCAAUCUGUCUGGAUGUUUUCAGCGAACCGGUCUCCACUCCCUGCGGACACAACUACUGCAAGGGCUGCAUCUCAGGCUACUGGGCCUCCAGUGACUUCAGCCAGUGUCCACUGUGCAACGAGACCUUCCAAAGAGCGCCCGAGUUGCAAGUCAACACUGAUUUCAGAGACAUGCUGGAGCUUUUCAAGAGGUCGAGAGUUGCUGCCGGUCACGACAGCGGUUCCCCUGCCGGGCCUGGGGAGGUGCCCUGCGACCUGUGCCACGGGAUGAAGCGUAAGGCUGUGAAAUCCUGCCUGAAUUGUUUGGUCUCUUACUGCAAUGCUCACCUGGAGCCGCACCGCACGGUCCAGGCCUUUAAAAGGCACGAGCUGAUCAGCCCCGUGGAGACCCUCGAGGACAGGUUGUGCAAGAAACACAACAAGGCGAUGGAGUUUUUCUGCAGGGAAGACCAGAGCUGCGUUUGCUUCGUGUGCUUGAGGGAAGACCACGUGACGCAUAAAGCCGUCUCUUUAGAGGAAGAGUUCGCGGAGCGGAAGACUGCGCUCAAGUGCGCGAAAAGGCAAGUCAAGCACACCGUGAACGAGAAAUGCAACAUGGUCACGAGGAUCCGAAGCGCAAUGAUGCAAGGCCGGCAGGAAGUGGACAGAACGAAGGCAGAAAUGGACAAGGCUUUCGCCUCUCUGGUGGCUUCGAUUGAGACCAAAAAGGUGAAAGUGUUGAAGCUGUUGGAGGAGAAGCAGAAAGCAGCGGAGCGGCAGGCUCGAGAGCUCGUCCAGCGGCUGCAGCUGGAGAUCGCAGAGCACAGUCGGACGUCCGCGGAGCUCGAAGAGCUCUCGAGGACCGAAGACAACUUUAAACUCCUCCGGGACCUCCCGUCCGUCCCCUCCCCUUCGAACGCGACACACUUCAAAACGCGCUUUACAGCUGAAGUCCGAAGCCUCCUGCAGAUAGAGACGGUGAAGAGUGCGAUGGCCAAGAUAGAGGACGAGCUCAACCAGCAGAUGGAGAACAUCGUCAAAGAAGUCAACCUGGUGGACGAAGUGGAGACCCAAAUGCAAACCCAAGCGGAGAACGUGUUUGACGACGAGCUCGGUAAAAUCCAGGAGCAACAUGCAACGGAAGUGACUCUGGACCGGGACACGGCGCACCCCUCCCUUAUCGUCUCCGAGGAUGGGAAACAAGUCAGCGACGGAGGCACGAAGAGGAACCUCCCGGACAACCCCACGAGGUUCGACACCCUCCAUUUCGUCCGUGGAAGUGAAGGGUUUUCCUCCGGCAAGUUCUACUACGAAGUAACGCUCAAAGGACAAAUGGGAUGGGAAGUCGGAGUGGUGAGAGAGUCCAUCAGCCAUAAGGGUGUCGAAAUGUCCCUCAGCCCUGAGAGCGGAUGCUGGACGUUGGGGUUGUAUUGGGGACAACUCCAGGCUAACGCUAAUCCCGCUGUCGCGCUGCCCUCGAUUAAAGAGCUCCAGAAGAUUGGCGUGUUUGUGGAUUACGAAGGAGCGCUGGUGUCUUUCUACGACGUGGAUACCAGGGCUCUGAUCUACUCCUUUACGGGAUGUGCCUUCACUGAGAGCGCAACGCUUCUGAGAAGUUUUAUACCGUUCAGGGCAAAGACCAGGAUCUACCCACUGUUCAGACCCAGCGCUGUAAAGGAGGGGAGCGCUCUCCUGCAGAUCUCGCCUGUCAAAUGCGCAAAAAGGAAAGUAGUAAUCUAGUGAAAUUCGAGCCCUACUCGCACAGAGAAGUUUAAAAAUGGGUUAGUCCUCCUGUGAUUUGUAAUAAUGGCAGAGGUUGGCAGAGAGAGGUAACAAAUAUGCCCAAUUCAUCUUAAAGUGCUCAUAUUCUGUUCAUUUCCAGGUUCAUAAUUGUAUUUAGAGG